CCAUCCCUUUAUGCUUCUUCUCCCUGAUUACGUGUCGUCGGUCGCAUAUAAAUUCAGCAUAAAACCACAAACCCUAGUUUUCUUCUUGCGGCCUCUCUCUCUCUCCUCAGUUUCUAUUGAGGGUUUUCCCGGAAAAUCGUCGUUGGAGCUGAUUGGUGAUGGCUCCAAAGCAACCUAACACUGGCCUCUUUGUGGGUCUAAACAAAGGACAUGUUGUGACCAAGAAGGAAUUGGCUCCACGCCCUUCUGAUAGAAAGGGGAAAACAAGUAAAAGGGUCCAUUUUGUGAGAACCCUCAUCAGGGAAGUUGCUGGUUUUGCUCCAUAUGAGAAGAGAAUCACCGAACUUCUUAAAGUCGGGAAAGAUAAGCGUGCACUGAAAGUGGCAAAGAGAAAGUUAGGCACUCACAAGAGGGCCAAGAAGAAGCGUGAGGAGAUGUCCAAUGUUCUCCGCAAAAUGAGGUCUGCUGGAGGUGGUGAGAAGAAGAAGUGAGUGGUUGAAAGUAGAUCUCGUCUUAUAGUUUUGUUGGCAAAAGUGAUUAGGAGUUGGUGUUUGUUUAGGUUGUGUACUGAAAUUUUGUAAGACAAGUUCUCAUUGAUUCCAUUAAUAUCCAAUCUUCAACCUGUUUUUCAUGGAAUCUGAUUUUCUUGCUUAUAUUCUUGUUUUAGUUGAUGAAAUAGUUCAGUUCAACUAUAUGUUAUUAUUCAUGUCCUUUUCAUUGCAGAAGUUAUUAGCUUUGCAAUAGAUGUAAA